CAGCCCCUAACUCAUGACGUCAUCACUGAUAAACACGUUCAUCAGUUUCAGAAAACUGAUCGACUGAUUGAUUAUUGAGUUCAGCUCUGAUCAAUAAUCGAUCAAAUCGGCUUCAAGUAGACUGUCACUCAUGUGAUCAUCUGACCUGUGACGUCAGCACACGCGCACACGCUCAGGGAUCGAUCAGCUCAGUCUGACCCGUCGUAAGCUCUGAUCGAUCGGUCGGACCGUGUCGCGUCGGGAGUCGGUGUCGGUCCGGUUUGUUCCGGUUCCGGCAGUUUGUUCCGGAACUUUUCCGGCUGGGUGUGAAGCUGCAGCUCAUUAGCUGUUAGCAUCGUUAGCCUGAGCUUAAUUUACCCGGUCUAUCCCGCCUCCCGAGCUCCGUUUCACACCGGAGCCUUCCGGUGCCGCUGACCGGACCCGCACAGCUGACCGGACCCGCACAGCUGAGCCUGCGGGUCUGACAGCAGCAGGAAGCUAACGAGCUAACAGUUAGCCUCCGUUAGCAGCUAGCAGCAGCGGUAUCCGCUCCCCCCGAGCUCCAUGCCGGCGAUGCUGGACAGAAACCCGGAGGGAAAGCGCAGAGGCCGGGCUCCGGCGGCCGGAGGGCCCGGAGCUGCCACCCAGCCCGGCGGGAAGAGUCUGUCCGGUAAUGGAACCAGUUGUUGGGAGGACGGAAGCUCGAGCUCCAGCAGCGACGAGGAGCAUGGUGGAGGAGGGAUGCGGGUCGGACCGCAAUACCAGGCCGUGGUCCCGGACUUUGACUCCGAAGUGGCCCGGGCGGCUCAGCUCAGAGAAAACCUCGGCAUGUUGGUGUGGAUCCCCAGCAGCUGUCUGAACCAGACUCAGUUGGACGAGUACAUCACAAUCGCCAAAGAGAAACAUGGUUACAGCAUGGAGCAGGCUCUGGGGAUGCUCUUCUGGCACAAACACAACAUUGAGAAAUCUCUGGCCGAUCUGCCGAACUUCACUCCAUUUCCUGAUGAGUGGACGGUGGAGGACAGAGUCCUGUUCGAACAGGCCUUCAGCUUCCACGGCAAGAGCUUCCACCGCAUCCAGCAGAUGUUACCUGAUAAAUCGAUGGCCAGCCUGGUUCGGUUUUAUUACUCCUGGAAGAAAAGUCGCAGUAAAACGAGUCUGAUGGACCGACAGACACGAAAACACAAGAGAGAGAGAGAUGACAGUGACGAAGACGUGGAGGACGGAAACAUGAAUCCUCCCAGUGACUCAGAGUUUGAUUCAAAUAAAGACGACAAGAAGGAGGUGAUUUCUGGAUCAGAGAGAUCAGAGGUCAAACCAGCUCCUGCACUCAAGAUGGGCAGUAAGGCGUCUCAGCGGCUGAAGAAACGUCCUCCCAGAGGAAUGUUUUUGAAUCAGCAGGAUGUCAUUUCACUCUCGUCCUCAUCUGCUCAGGGACUCAUCAGACAACUGGACUGUCAACUGGUGUCCAUCAAGAGACAGGUUCAGUCUAUCAAACAGUCCAACAGUUCUCUGAAGGAGAAACUCAGUUCAGGAGUCGAUGAGUUCAGACAGCCAGAGGUGAAUCAGAAGUUCAACACUCGAUGGACCACAGAGGAGCAGCUGCUCGCUGUACAAGCCAUCAGGAAGUAUGGGCGGGACUUCCAGGCGAUCUCAGAUGUGAUUGGUAACAAGUCUGUGGUUCAGGUGAAGAACUUCCUGGUGAACUACAGACGGAGGUUCAACCUGGACGAGGUCCUUCAGGAGUGGGAGGCCGAGAACGGGAUGGACGGGGGACACAGGGGAGAGGAGGACAAGAUGGAGGAUUGUCCCGCUGAGGACGAGGACGUCACUGGCCCAGACAAGGAGGACUCAUCGUCUCCGUUGGGCGCCGCGAAGCCUCUGGUGUCCUGAGACUCUGUGACUCCGCCUCUUUGGUUGAUGAUGUCAUCAUGAGUUUUUAUUUUGUUUUUAGCGGGCUGGACUCUCAUUGGUCAGGGUGGAGCUCUGUGCCGCUCUCUGGACCAAUCAGAAAUCACCUCUGACCUGCCAGUAACAGCUUGAUCUUUGUCUUUUUUCAUUUGAUGUUUUCGGGGGAUGUCGGGUUUGGGGUUUGACCUACAGCAGCCAUGUUUGAUGAUGUCACUCAGGUAGGGGGUGUGGCUUUUAUGACCUUUUGUGGCACGACAAUAAAACCAAAGUUGAUCAAUAAA